CCAACCAAAACACAAAACAUUUAUUUCAUCGAACACCAUCUACUAUAAACUAACCCCCAUACUAAUGGCUACUACCAAACUAGUCAUGAAGCUCGUCUACAUCCUCCUCGUCAUCUUCACCUUUACCGUAUCUCCGGCCAUCUCAACGGCCCCGGAAAGUUGCGACAGCCGCUCGGAGAAUCCAUGCAUCGACAAAGCUAAGGCUUUACCACUCAAAAUCAUAGCCAUUGUAGCCAUCCUUACGACAAGCUUGAUAGGCGUAAUGGCUCCUCUUUUCAGCCGUUACAUUUCGUUCAUCCGUCCUGACGGCAACGGUUUCAUGAUCAUUAAGUGUUUUUCUUCCGGAAUCAUCCUCGGAACCGGUUUCAUGCAUGUCUUGCCUGGCUCUUUCGAGAUGUUGGCAUCGAAAUGUCUUAGUGAUGAUCCGUGGCAUAAGUUUCCUUUCGCGGGAUUUGUCGCUAUGUUGUCCGGUCUAGUAACUCUAGCUAUUGACUCCAUUACCACGAGCCUUUACACCGUCAAAAACGCAGUCGGACCAGUGCCUGAUGAGUAUGGCAUUGAUCAGGAAAAGGCGAUUCACAUUGUAGGUAACAAUCACAAUCACGGUCAUGGUGUUGUGCUAGCAACUACUAAAGAUGAUGGACCUUCAGAUCCACAGCUUUUACGGUACCGUAUCAUUGCCAUGGUAUUGGAACUUGGGAUUUUAUUUCACUCCGUGGUCAUUGGACUAUCUCUAGGAGCAACUAACAAUGCAUGUACCAUUAAAGGACUCAUAAUAGCUCUAUGCUUCCAUCACUUGUUCGAAGGCAUGGGUCUCGGUGGAUGUAUCCUCCAGGCAGAUUUUGCAAAUGUGAAGAAGUUCUUGAUGUCAUUCUUUUUCGCUGGAACAACACCUUGUGCUAUCUUUCUUGGAAUCGCAUUGUCGAGUAUUUAUAGAGAUAACAGUCCAACCGCAUUGAUUACAAUCGGGCUGUUAAAUGCUUGCUCAGCCGGAAUGCUCAUCUACAUGGCACUCGUCGACCUUCUAGCUACUGAGUUCAUGGGAUCAAUGCUCCAAGGUAGCAUCAAACUUCAGAUCAAGUGCUUCGCGGCGGCAUUGCUCGGCUGCACCGUAAUGUCGGUCAUCGCCAAAUGGGCUUAAUACACUCAACAUAAGUAAUAUAUUAUUUGAUUUAUCAUAUUAAAG